AUGCCCCAAGAUGAAGCCGACGUGGACGGCUGCGCCGAUUUGCGCAUCGAGCUGAUGAGUCACGAACAAGACUUCAUAGAGGCCUUCCAUGUUGCCAGCGAGGCUUUCGGCCGGCAGACGCACGACGACAUAUGGAUGGCCAUGAAUCCAGGUUGGGACACUGCCGAGGGCAAAUCCCGAGGAGCAGCCCUCAUGGCGCAACGGUGGCGAAGGUCGACCAGGGACCGCGUGAACCGACCAAACGCAAUGUUUGUCAAAGCAACACUCCCGCUCGGGGGACACGGGCGCACCCAAGGUCGCAGGACCGUCGGCACGGCCAUCUGGCUCCAGGCCUCAGCCGUUGACGGGUACGGCGACGCCCCGGCGACUGACUGGAGAAGAGCCCUGAACGUGGACGAGGUUUGCCCAGGGGACGCAGCGGCGCAGAGAUACCUCGUCCAGGUGAUGCAGUCCCUUCAACGGCAGCGCGUGGGUGUCGUCCGGCAGAAAGCCAGCGCUUCGCCUCCCUCCGUCAUGGUCCUUGAUCUCUGCGCGGUCGACCCUGCCUUCCAGGGCCGGGGCGUCGCCAAACGCAUGGUGCAGUGGGGGUUGGAGGAGGCCAAGGCGAGAGGGGGUCUGGAGUGCAUCCUGGAGGCGUCGGUGAUGGGGAGACGGGUGUACGAGAAGCUUGGUUUCCGCCAGCAAGGUCCGGAGAUUGAGUACGAGGUAGACGAGCAGUUUGCUGGCCGCCGCCGGCCGAGCAAUGUCUUUAUGCGGACGGGUCCGUUGGAGGCCGCGCAACGCAACGCCGUGCUCAGCCAGCAGUCGGGGGCGUCCUCGGUGUUUGAUUGUCUGGGGGCGGGGGAACCCAGUCCAGGGCAUAUUGGGGCAAAUCGGCAAGAGAGUAAUUGA